AUGAAUUAGAAUAAUUUAUUUUAGAGUACUAACUAUUUUAAGUUAGAUAAAACAUUUUUUAUGAGAAUGCUUGAAUUAGAGAAGCUUUUUCAUGAGAAAGAAAUUAAUAUAUAAUAAAUAGGUGAAUUAGUUGGUAUGUAUGCCAGAUGCGUUGAGUAUUAUGAUUCCAUCAAGGAUGAUUCUAAAUUUUAUUACAUAGAUAAAAUUCAGUAUGUUCUUAGCAGAAAAGAAUCCUUAGAAAAAAUAUUUAAAGAAAACGGUUUUCUUUAAUAGGAAGAACAAAAAACUGUUCAAAAAACAGAAAAUAAAUAACCAAAAGAUAAUAUGCUAGUGUCUGAUUUUAUAGUUGAUUUUAAUUUCGGAGAUCAAAAAGGAGAUGAUAGAGAAUUUAGAAUUAAUAAUAUUAGAUGCAGUAUAGCAGGUAGAUAGCUUCCGAGAGAAAGUGUAACUCGUCGUAAGCUGUAGGGUGAAUAUAAAAUGAAUGUAGAUUUUUAUGAGCACAAGGGGGAAUAAGAAUAUUAAGUGAGGCAUAUAGUUGAAGAGACUGAAUAAAAAUUUGGCUAAUACGAUGAGAUUAUCAAGAAAGACUUAAAUGAUUAAGAUGAAUUAUUGAUGCAAAGAAUUGCUAAAAAAAAAGCUAAGUUAAACCAGAACAAGAAGAAAUAAGUUAAAAAAGCAAAUAGCUUUGAUGAAAUAGACAUUACAUAAAAUGGAUAAAAUAACACAGAAAUUAACUUAGGAGACUAAACUAAUAUGACAAAUAAUAUAGAAAACAAUACUUAAACAACUAUUAAGCUAAGUAAAAAUUUAGAAGAAAAGAAUGCGUUGUAUCCAAAUGAUAAGAAAAUGACCAAAUAGGAAUAAAUAAACGAAUUGAAAGAGACAUUUGACUUAUCUUACAGUAAGCUUUUUACAUCAAUCAACCAAAAAAACAAUAGACUAUCAGUAGGAUUGAAAUAAUAAUAGAAAAUAGAAGAUACUUAAAAUGUAUUUCACAAAGAUGAAAUAUAAAUGAAAUUGGCCUCAAGCUAAAUAGUAGAAAAUAGUUAAGAAGAUUAAUUAAGAGAUAGCUCAGCUGCAUUCUACAAUAAGUAGAACACAGAGGACCAUUUAGAAAGUAUUUUUUCUGCUCAUGGAGGAAGGAUAACCAUAAGAGGAGAAAAUCCUUUUGAAGAAAGUGAUGACGACGAAUGA